UACAGUCAUUGAAUCAUUUCAAAUUUUGGCAGUUGGUUUUUGGGUCCCUGUGAGUGAAGAACGACUUAUCCAGAGCAGCGAAAAAUCGUGAAUAUAUUGUUUAAAGAAAGAUGAAACAUCUCGAGAUCCUGCACUUAAUAUUCUCAGUGCUCUUGCUCUCUCAAGUAGCUUAUGGAAAGUACAUUACUGAAGAUUUGUUGAGCAUCGAAGAAGACGAUCCCUUUUCAGAUGUUGGCAUACCAUCAACUUCACCAUCAGAGAAACCAAAUCGAGAAGAAUGCCACAAGGACAUUCUUAUCGUUCUUGAUACUUCUUUCUCUAUUGGGGAAGCCAACUUUAACCAAGAAGUGAAACCUUUUCUCAGAGAUUUUGUCUCGGAUAAAACCUUGAAUGUUGGACCGGACGGAGCUGAGAUUGCUUUGUUGCUGUUCAGUAAAUGGGCUGAUCCAAAGAGUCGCAACUACAGGAAGAAAGAUGACAGAACUAAGCUAGUAAUACCCUUUAGCGAGAAAAUAACUGCAGAGUCGUUUGAACGGUACAUUAAUAAUACAAAUUGGGUUGAUGUUGAAGGUGGUCAUACAAGAACGGACAAGGCACUACAGAUUGCUAACGAUGAAGUAUAUCCUAAAAAUAGCCCAGAAAACAAUAGAAAGGAUGCAGACGACGUCAUCGUACUCAUCACGGACGGCAGUCCCAGAGGAACAAAGACCGUGUUAGAAGACACGCUUGCAUACGCAGACGAGCUAAAGAAAAAGGGUGUGCUUAUCAUAGGGGUUGGAGUUGGACAAAAUAUCGAUGAAAACAAAUUUUGGAACAUUUUGAAGGAAAUCGCAUCGCCUGGUCAAGCAACUAGAGUGAAGUUUAAUCAAUUUCAAAGCAUAAAAAAUUCCUUGGUGAAGAGAUCGUGUGAAUUGCCUUUCUCCCCAGGCACACAAUGCGAGUGCCCAGCAAUUUCAAUCAAACCGCACUAUCUCGAGCCUGGUAAGACAUCUACCUCUCUUUCUUGGAAAAGACCCGAUCCUGAGUGCAACGCCGAACCAGCUAAAUUCCGUGAUUUUACAUGGUAUCCACAUCUCAAAUCCCCUGCUGAAUUCGGGGUUGGCAAACACACAAUCCACUACAAAUUUUACUUUUCCGAAGGCCACGAAAUGAACUGCACCGUGGUAUUUGAUGUCAGAGAAUGCAAAUGUCCACAAGAAAAGCAGGAUGAAGUUAAGGUGAAACCUGGUGAUACAGAUGUUGAACACGAAUGGCGAGCCCCAGUUCCUAAUUGUUUGGGCUUCGAUUCUCCUCUGACUUCUCAGUCGUUGUGUAUUGGCAAACACUCGUUGCGUUAUCGAUAUAACGUCGGUAAUCAGUUCAAUGUUACCUGUCGGCACAACAUCGAAGUGAAAGGGGCACUUUGCAAAGGUCAAGGAUACGACAAGAGUUCUCAAGAGUGCUGCUGUGGCGUAAUUCGUGACAAGAAGCCUGGCUACGAAUGCUGUGGGCAAAAUCAAUACAACAUCGCCACACAUCGAUGUUGUGAUGGAGAUAAUAUCCGCAAAAGCGAUGAAGAUUGCCCGACAUCUUAAUAAACUGUAGAGUUUGUGAAGUUCUGUCAGUAGUUUUAAUUUUUAGUUCAUCAUAUUUUAGAUAGUGCGUUUUGAACGGUAAAAUAAGAUUAAAUGCUGAUCUAAAUUGACAGCCAAAAAAUUCA